AUGACAACAAACACAACCAUGGCAGAUGAGCUCAGUCAUGGGCUCCGAGAUUUCCAUCAUCCGUACAAGCCCUAUAAGAUCCAGGAAAUCUUCAUGGAAACAGUCUACCAGGUGCUGGAGAAUGGACAAGUCGGGAUUUUGGAAUCUCCGACUGGUACAGGUAAAUCCUUAAGUCUGAUUUGUGGUGCAAUUACUUGGUUACGUGAUCACAAAGGAAAAAUGUUUGAACAGGGCUUAGAAGAGCUUCAGAAAAAUAAAGAAGAACCAGACUGGGUCAUCGAGCAAGUAAAGGCCAGGAGGAGAAGAGAGAUGAUGCACCAACGGGAAGAUUUUGAACUACGUCUUUCUCAAAUUCGAGCCAAGGAGAAAGCUAUACAAGAUAAAUUCUUGAGAGGCGAAAGAAAUUCAAAGAAAAGAAAAAUUAAUCAUAUGAAGUUCGACAUACAUGACGAUGAGCAGUUUGUUCUUGAAGAAUACGAAAGCGAUGAAGACAAGAAAACGCACGACAAGACUGCUAGAAGCCUAUAUUCUGCCGAAACUCUAUUACUUCUAGAUGAACUUGGUAUGGGCCCUGCAGCUGAUAGAAGGCAGGACGAUGAAGAAAUCUAUGAUGAGACAAAAAUUUUCUUUUGCUCUCGCACUCAUUCUCAACUUACACAAUUUAUCAAUGAGCUUCGACGACCAAAAUUUCCACCCUCCAUCGUAAAUUCUAACGAUAAAGAUGAAAACUUCGAAGAUCUCAAGCAUUUGACUUUAGGCUCGAGAAAAAAUUUGUGUAUUAACUCUAGAGUCAAUAGACUCGGGUCGCUUACAGCUAUCAACGAGAGGUGUACUGAAUUGCAGCUAUCUAGCACAGAUAGCGCAAAAAAGUGUGCAUUUCUCCCUAGCGAGGAGAGUCAGGCACUUGUAAACUCAUUCCGUGACCAUUCACUCGCAACCAUCAAAGAUAUCGAAGACAUGAAUUCCCUUGGGAAAGAAAUUGGAAUCUGCCCAUAUUAUGCCUCAAGAUCUGCUAUAAAGCCAGCCGAAAUUGUCACGCUUCCGUAUCCUCUGCUUCUUCAGAAAAGUGCAAGAGAAGCUUUGGGAAUUAAUCUAAAAGGAAAUAUUGUUAUUAUUGAUGAAGCGCACAAUCUCAUGGACGCCAUUUCGGCUAUCAAUAGUGUAGAGAUUAGUCUGAAGCAAUUGAAACAAGCGAGGGAGCAGCUCGGGACAUACCUUCUAAAGUUUCGCAACAGGUUAAAAGGCAAGAAUCGUGUCUAUAUUGCUCAAGUUAUCAGGCUACUCGACUCUUUGGUUGAGUAUCUUGAGAAACUGGGGCUAAGCUCUCAAACAGAUGGUACAGUAUCUGAGAAAGAUCUCUUUGCAGCUAAAGGCAUUGACCAGAUUAACCUCUUUAAACUGUCAAACUACCUUCAACGGAGCAAGAUAGCGCGGAAAGUCGAAGGUUACGUUGCUCAAACAAAAGUACUCGCGUUAUCCAAAGAACCCAAAACAUUCGACUCCAUAGAUCCAAGUCAAGAAAAUUCAACUCCAGUAAUCUAUCGGUUAAUUCCUCUACUCCUUGCUCUCACCUCUCCCCAAAAAGAGGGGCGUCUUUUUUUCUCCAAAACUUCGCAGGAACACGUUCUUCUUCGCUAUUUGCUUUUAGAUUCCUCAACUCAGUUCCGGGAAGUGGUGUCGUCUGCCCGCGCUGUCGUCUUAGCCGGAGGAACAAUGUCACCCAUGAGUGAUUAUACUUUUCACCUAUUUCCUUACAUUGACGAAAAUCAAAUAAAUACACUCUCCUGUGGUCAUGUGAUUCCUAAGUCGAAUCUCUUAGCUUGGAAUCUCUCUAAAGGACCUAAUGAGCUGGAAUUUGAAUUUACAUUUAAAACUCUCCACAACAUUCACAUGAUUGACGAGCUUGGUCGGGCCCUAUUAAAUAUAUGUGCUGUUGUCCCUGAUGGUAUAAUUGUUUUCUUACCGUCUUAUAAUUAUCUUAAUUCAGUCUUGACGCGUUGGUCUGUCAAAGAUGCUGAUUCUCAGUCCAUACUCCAACGACUAGACACCAAAAAACCCAUAUUUAAAGAAAGCAAAAGCGAAAGUGCUGAGGCAACACUCCACGAAUAUUCAUGUGCUAUUUAUUCUCAACGCGGUGGCUUGCUGUUCAGUGUGGUUGGGGGUAAAAUGAGUGAAGGUAUCAACUUUUCUGACGCACUAGGGCGCUGUGUGAUUAUUAUUGGACUACCAUUCCCGAACAUUAAGUCUGCCGAAUGGAAAGCAAGAAUAGAUUAUAUAGAAACGUCUAGCAUAGAACGACUCAAAGCACUCCACGUGGCGCAAGGGUGUAAUCUUGAUGAUGUUUCUGAAAAAAAGAAAGCUGAAUGGAAAAAAAAAGCAAUAGAGCUAGGAAAAGAUUUUUACGAAAACGCAUGUAUGCGAGCCGUUAACCAGAGCAUCGGCCGAGUUAUACGUCAUAAGGAAGAUUAUGCUGCUAUCUUAAUGAUUGACCAAAGGUUUGGAAGCGAGAGAAUAAAAAAGAAGCUGCCUGGCUGGAUUAAAGACAGCAUGAUUUCUAAGGCAGGUGAGAAGAAGUUUGGGGCAUUGAUGGGAGAACUAAGCUCGUUUUUCCGGUCAAAGAAGUCAAGAUGA